AUGAAGGCGUCAAGACCUGCCGGAAAAUGGUUCCAUAAUAAUUUGAAGAGGGUCAUCGGGGAUGGAAGAGACACUAGUUUCUGGUCAUGUGUUUGGUUGGGAAGUCGGCCCCUCAAGGAUGAAUUCCCAAGAUUAUUUUGGCUUUGUGAAGAUAGAAAUGCAACUGUGAAUGAUAUGGGGAAAUGGUGUGACGGGAGAUGGGUUUGGGAGGUAAAGUGGAAAUGCGAACUGAGGGAGAGAGAAGUGGAAUCUGUCAACUCCUUAAUGGAGACGAUUUCUGGUUUUCCUCCUUGUGCAGGUAAAAAAGAUACGUGGGAGUGGAAGGCUGACAAGGGUGGAGUCUACUCCACAAAUUCUGCAUAUCGCGCAAUUAAGGAUCUGAACCAGACGAACCAGACGUGUGAUAACGCAUCGAUGCAGUUCCGGAAGUUGUGGAAAGCCCCGGCUACUCAGAAGGCAAGGAUGACGGCGUGGAGAGCUUUGAAGAACAGGCUUCCAACCUGCGAUAAUUUAAUCAAGAGAAACGUCGAACUUGGACUCGUUGAACGGAGCUGUACAGCGUGUUUCCACGCAGUUGAAUCGGUUAGUCAUACUCUCAUCCUUUGUCCAAAAACAGAGGCCGUGUGGGAUAACAUCUAUGGAUGGCUAGGCGUGUUCACAGCUCGUCCGGCAAGCAUCCCGGAUCAUUUUCUUUCUUUUAUUCACCUGGGAAAAGGAAAGAAAUGGCACCGAUUCUUGAAGGCUUUGUGGUGUUGCUCGAUCUGGGUUCUGUGGAGGAGAAGGAAUGAGAGUCGUUUCGAUGGAAAGGCUUGGGAUAUCAAGAGUACUUGCUUGGAAAUUAAAGCAAGAAUGUGGAGUUGGAACUUUAUUUUUGGUAUUUUUGAGUGGAAGGAUACUUUUCCUUCUUGGUGCUCCUGUAUUUUGGCACCCUUCAUGUGUAACUAA